GCUGCGGCAAACAGAGGCUAAAUAAGAUCAAUUUGCCGACUUCUCUUCAAAAUCAGAAGUAGAUCAAUUUGCCGACUGCAUAAGCAGCGUUACAAAGUACGCUUCUAAGAGAUUCGCAUGACACACAACAGCUUGGGUUGCAGAAAACGCUGUUGCUGAUGCUUCUCGUGCUGACCAGGAAGAGAUAGAGACGAGAAGAAAUCCGGUGAUGCACCCUUCCGUUGACCACUGCUACCUCCAUCAAACCGCCGGAUUCGUCUUUCCAGUUUCACAUCGCAAAUAUGCAGCAAAAGGAUGGCACCAUAAAUUACAUGUUAAGGGAUCUCUGAAAUUAAAUAAAAUUGAUUUUAAUCAUACUGGAGAAGCUAAAACUGGGAGUCAUCGAGAUGCAAGGAGGUGUGAAUGCUUUGAUCUUUAUGAAGACCUUAUUCCCUACAGAGUUGCCUGGUCUUGGCAAAAGUCACUACUUAGAAAGAGACAGACUUUGGUAGAGAGGGGUGAAGACCACUCCGAUACAUUGAUCAUUCUUCAACACCAACCUGUUUAUACAUUAGGUACUAGGAGCUCGGAAAAAUUUGUGAAAUUUGAUAUUACUAGUCCACCUUAUGAUCUUUAUCAGACCGAACGUGGUGGGGAGGUUACAUAUCACGGCCCUGGACAGCUUGUUAUGUAUCCCAUUGUUAAUUUGCGUUGCCACAAAAUGGAUAUCCACUGGUACCUCCGGUCCCUCGAAGAAGUGGUCAUCCGUACUCUCUUCACAACAUUUUCGGUGAAGGCAUCUAGGAUUGAGGGCCUCACAGGUGUCUGGGUUGGGAAUAAAAAACUAGCUGCCAUUGGUAUUCGGGUUUCACGGUGGAUAACAUAUCAUGGGUUGGCACUUAAUGUGUCCACAGAUCUGGCUCCCUUUCAACAUAUCAUCCCAUGUGGCAUUCAUGACCGUGAAGUUGGUACUCUGUCUGACCUUCUGUGGGGGUCAGUCAAAGAACCAGCAGCUGAAAACAGCUUACUUAUGGAUGCUGUUCAUGACUCCUUGCUCAGAGAGUUCUCUGAGGUUUUCCAGCUCUCUAUUGAGCACAAAACAAUGGCGGAUUUAAACUUGUUAGAAUAAAAGAUGUCUGCUAUCUUUCCCUGGUCCAAUUUAGUUUUUGGGUUUCGAGAUCAUAUAUUGUGGCACUGAGGAUAGCUAUGCAUUCUUUGUGCAACAAAUUUUGGUAUACAAUAUGCUGAUCCCAUAUUAUGAACAACAGUUCUAGUUUCAUUGCUAUUUAGCAGGUUUUAUUCGUGACUUCUUGCUCAGAGAGUUCUCCGAAGUUUUCUGACUCUAUUUUUGGCACAAAACAGAUGCUUUUUAGAAUAAAAGAAAAUGUCAAAGUCUUCUUUGCUGCUAUUUAAAUUGUAUUUUAAGAUCAUUCAUUUUGUAGUAUUGAAAACAGCUAUGUAUAAUGUUUCUGGAAAAAAUUUUAUGUAUCCAACCAUUUCAUUGUUAUGUAGCAGCUGUGGAAGCAUUGCAAGGACUUAUUUUUAAGAAAACUGUUGAAUGCGAUAUUUGCUGAGUUACAUGAUAUGGA